AUGAAAGCUUCUGUUUUAUCUAUUUUUGUUUUUCUGAUAAUUUGCAUGACAGUAUCCAGCGCUUUAGAUUGUCCCAUAAUGUUUCAGGGAAUUAAAGGCCAUAGCGCUUGCCUUGCCAAAUCUCCGGAUUAUGUCUCUGGCAGCAUCUCUAAAGAGGACAUAAAUCUUAUUUUGAAUGAACAUAAUAAGUACAGGGCCUCAGUGGACCCCCCAGCUUGUAAUAUGUUGAAAGUGUACUGGAAUGACAAUUUGGCUUAUGUUGCUCAGAAAUGGGCGCAAAACUGUAAAUUCAGUCAUGACAAAUUUUUAGCCCGAUAUAUCCCAGGAGACUUCGCGGCUGGACAGAACUUAGGAAAGGGAUUCGGCAGUUGGUCAGAUUGUAUUGCCGCUUGGUACAAUGAGAAGAAAGAUUUCAUUUACAACGGAACAGUCACCUUUGCAAAAGUUGGACAUUAUACACAGCUGGUAUGGGGAACAAGUUCAGCGAUUGGCUGUGGAUAUGCUAAAUGCAAAGAUUUCCCUAUAUACGUUUGUAAUUAUGGCCCAAGCGGAAACAGUCAAGGAAGUAUAAACCGUCCAUAUGAAAAGUGUAACGAGAAGAAACCAUUGAAAGAUUGUAAUGGUAAAUUCUGCAAGAAUGAUGGUGCCAUGAAGUCAGAUAAUUGUGAAUGUAACUGCAAGCCAUACAAACAUAUUUAUGGACCUGAUUGCAGCGUUAAUUGUACGGCAAAAGAUGAAGCCCUAUGUCAAAAUGUAUUCGAUGAAAAAUCCUGCUCAUUUAGCAAUGUUCCUGCUAUGUGCCCCUGGUUGUGUAAGAUAUGUCCUUACCUAGACCAAAAGAAAUCAGAAAAUAAAACUAGCCCUAAACCAACAACCAUGUGGCCAUAUUGGUCAACAGAAACAUCUACUAUUCAAUCAAGCAAAACGACUUGGCCAGGAUCUUCAGGUACUGCUGUAUUCAAGCAUUCAAUGAUGUCCACUUUGUCACUGAUGAUGCUUAUCCUGAUGGUACUGACAUAA